AUCUCAGUGGCCCUGGGGUUGGUUUGGGGGUCGUCUCAAUGCCUUUCCAUCCAUCCCAAUGAGUUUGGGUCCAUCUCAGUGUCCCUGGGGUUGGUGUGAAGGCCGUUUCAUUUCCUUCCUAUCCAUCUCGAUGACUCUGGGGCCAUCGUGGUGUUGUUUUGCUGCCUUUGGGUGCGCAGUUGGACGAGUUCUACGUGGGUCAGAUCCCUCUGAAAGAAGUGACCUUCGCCCGCCUGAACGACAACGUGCGGGAGCCCUUUUUGGCCGAAAUGUGCCGCAAAUACGGCGAGGUGGAGGAGGUGGAGAUCCUCCACCACCCCAAAACCCGAAAGCACCUGGGCUUGGCCCGCGUCCUCUUCACCAGCACCCGCGGCGCCAAGGAAACGGUCAAACACCUCCACAACACGCCGGUGAUGGGCAACGUCAUCCACGUCCAGCUGGACAUCAAGGGGCAGCAGAGGAUGAAGUACUACGAGUUGAUCGUCAACGGGGCCUACACACCCCAAACUGUGCCCACGGGUGGCAAGACACCGGGCACAGGGGACAAGGCUGAGGCGGUAUGGAGGGGGGGAAAAGUCCAAAAGGGGGCUUUUGGGGUCGGGGGUCGUUUUGGGGGUGGGAGAGAUCUUGCUGGGGUCUGGAGGGUGUUUUUUUGGGGCUGGAGGGGGUUGGUUUGGGACUGAAGAGUUGGUUGUGGGGGACAAGGUGGAGGAAUUAUGGAGAAGAAAACC